AUGAGAAUAAAACAUCAGUAAUCUGAAAUGGUAAACCUGAGAGGAUACAACUGGAAGAGCCAACAAUUACUCCUGCUGCUGAUAAUUCUGGCAGCCUGGGAGUCAGGGAGCGGCCAGCUCCACUACUCCGUCCCCGAGGAGGCCAAACACGGCACCUUCGUGGGUCGCAUCGCGCAGGACCUGGGGCUGGAGCUGGGGGAGCUGGUGCCCCGCCUGUUCAGGGUGGCGUCCAAGGACCGCGGGGACCUUCUGGAGGUAAAUCUGCAAAAUGGCAUUUUGUUUGUGAAUUCUCGGAUCGACCGGGAGGAGCUGUGCGGGCGGAGCGCGGAGUGUAGCAUCCACCUGGAGGUGAUCGUGGACAGGCCGCUGCAGGUUUUCCACGUGGAAGUGGAGGUGAGGGACAUUAACGACAACCCGCCUGUGUUCCCAAAGACACAAAAGACUCUGUUUAUCCUGGAAUCCAGACGGCUUGACUCGCGGUUUCCACUAGAGGGCGCGUCAGAUGCAGAUGUUGGUUCCAAUGCUCAGCUGACUUACAGACUGAGCACCAAUGAACAUUUCUCGCUGGAUGUGCCACCCAACCACGAGCAGGUGAAACCUCUUGGGCUCGUUUUGCGGAAACCUUUAGACAGAGAAGAAGCUGCAGAGAUGCGCUUAUUGCUCACAGCCACCGACGGAGGCAAACCCGAGCUGACCGGCACCGUUCAGUUACUCAUCACAGUGCUGGAUGCCAAUGACAAUGCUCCAGUAUUUGAGAGAUCUCUCUAUACCGUGAAAUUACCAGAAAACGUUACAAACGGAACAUUAGUAAUCAAAGUCAAUGCCUCAGAUUUGGACGAGGGUGUGAAUGGGGACGUUAUGUAUUCAUUUUCUAGUGAUGUUUUUCCAGACAUAAAAUCCAAGUUUCACAUGGACGCUAUGAGUGGAGAAAUUACAGUUAUAGGAAUUAUUGAUUUCGAAGAAAGUCAAGCUUACAAGAUUCCAUUAGAGGCGCGUGAUAAAGGAUUCCCACCACUGCCUGGACACUGUACCGUUCUUGUUGAAGUUGUAGAUGCUAACGACAACGCUCCACAGCUGACUGUCAGUUCCUUGUCUCUCCCGGUAUCUGAGGACAGCCAACCUGGAAGAGUUGUCACUCUAAUUAGCGUAUCUGACCGUGAUUCUGGUGCCAACGGACAGGUGACCUGCUCCCUGACUCCUCAUGUUCCUUUCAAGCUGGUGUCCACCUUCAAGAAUUACUAUUCGCUCGUGCUGGACAGCGCCCUGGACCGCGAGACCACAGCUGACUAUAAGGUUGUUGUAACCGCCCGCGAUGGGGGCUCUCCUUCUCUGUGGACCACAGCCAGCGUGUCCGUGGAGGUGGCUGACGUGAACGACAAUGCGCCUGUGUUCGCGCAGCCCGAAUACACGGUGUUCGUGAAGGAGAACAACCCGCCUGGCGCGCACAUCUUCACGGUGUCCGCGAUGGACGCAGAUGCACAGGAGAACGCGCUGGUGUCCUACUCGCUGGUGGAGAGGCGAGUGGGCGAGCGCUUGCUGUCGAGCUAUGUGUCUGUGCACGCUGAGAGCGGCAAGGUGUUCGCGCUGCAGCCUCUGGACCAUGAGGAGCUGGAGCUGCUGCAGUUCCAGGUGAGCGCGCGGGAUGCUGGUGUGCCAUCCCUGGGCAGCAAUGUGACCCUGCAGGUGUUUGUGCUGGAUGAGAACGACAAUGCUCCUGUCGUGCUUUUGGCUGGUAUUAAAGGCUUGGGUAGUGUCGCAACUGAUCUAAUACCCAGAUCUGUGAGCACAGGGCAGGUGGUCGCAAAAGUACGGGCAGUGGACUCAGACUCUGGUUACAAUGCAUGGUUGUCCUAUGAGCUGCAACCCUCAAUGGGCCCUCGCAGCCCGUUCCGUGUUGGCUUGUACACCGGCGAGAUCAGUACAACACGUGUCCUUGAUGAGUCGGAUGCACCCAGACAGCGCCUGUUGGUAUUGGUGAAAGACCAUGGUGAGCCAGCUCUGACUUCUACAGCUACCAUUCUAGUGUCGCUGGUUGAGAGCAGCCAGGGGCCAAAGGCUUCUUCUCAGGCUUCUGGACGCGCUUCAGUCCCAGAGGCGUCUCUGGUGGAUGUCAAUGUGUACCUGAUCAUCGCCAUUUGCUCGGUGUCCAGCCUGUUGGUGCUCACCCUGCUGCUGUACACAGCGCUGCGCUGCUCAGGGAUGUCCACCGAUGGAACCUGCGCUCCGGGGAAGCCCAUGCUGGUGUGCUCCAGCGCAGUGGGGAGCUGGUCGUACACACAGCAGAGGCCCCAGAGGUGUGUUCUGGAGAGGGUCCACCCAAGACGGACCUCAUGGCCUUUAGUCCCAGUCUUCCACCACGUCCAGCAUCAGAGGUCAUUGGGGAAGGGCACGAUUUAA